AUGGCAUCAUUUGAGGCAACCAUUAGCCUGAAUAACUCUCGGGCAGCGGUCAUCGAACGCGUUUACAAGAAGCUGCUCACAGAAGAGGCGAAAAGCCUCACAAUCUCCAAUCUCCAGGGUAAACUCGAGAUCCUGGAGAUCUACUGGGAAAAAUUCGAGAGCACUCAUCAGAAGCUCAUCGCUGGCAGCGGCAAGAUCGAAGGGAUCCUUGAAUUGCCGUACUUCAAGGACCAUCGGUUCGACAUUACUAUCGGGCAUUAUCAUGAGGCAAGGGGUAUUUUAAGCCAGCUCAUUGAUAAAAGGGGGAUCUCAGGUUCAUCUCGUCGGUCUCUCGCGUCUGGGACGGCUCAGCCCACAUACUCCAAGCGUUAUCUCCCUGAGAUUUCUCUGCCCAAGUUCGGAGGGGCCUAUGCGGACUGGCGCUCGUUCCGCGAUCUUUUCGCGUCUCUGGUCGGCUCGAAUACGGAUCUAUCCAACGUGGAGAAGAUGCAUUAUCUUCGUACUAGUCUCUCAGGGGAGCCAGCUCAACGCAUCGCGAAUCUUACGAUCUCGGAUGAGUCAUUCUCGAUUGCAUGGGAACUGCUCUUGUCUCGCUACGAGAAUAAGCGACUGCUCAUUUCAGCUCAUUUGGAACAACUCCUCAGUCCCCCAACCAUGACUUCUCACAGUGCCAAAGAGCUCAAUGCCCUGCUCACUGUCACCUCUGAGGCACUUAACGCUCUGGAGGCUCUCGGCUCCCCAACCUCCCAGUGGGACCAGGUGAUCGUACAUACGGUCUCGCAACGGCUCAGCUCAAAGCUUCGUGAAGCCUGGGAGGUCAAGGUCGGUUCAUCGGCGGAGUAUCCUUCAUACAAAGACUUCAAGGAUUUCCUCACUGGGAGAGCUCGCGCGAUGGAGAGCAUCGAGAUUAACUCGGUUCCUCGUGCUCCUGCCACAAAGCCCUCCAAUGUCAGCUCAUCCAAGCAGUCGACCGCUGCGAAGGUUCACCACGGCACCGCUCAACCACCACAAAAAUCGAGGCCAGCUCCCAAGUCCGCUCCAUCGGGGAAGGUCACGUACCCGUGCUCGAUGUGUGAGGCAGACCAUUACCUCACAUCCUGCUCAUCCUUCCGUCAACUUUCGGUAUCAGCUCGUAGGGAGGUAGUAGAGCGUCGCUACCUCUGCUACAAUUGCCUUGGUCGGCACUCGGUGAGGGACUGCAGGUCCAAGACCAAGUGCCAGUAUUGCGGGGGCCUCCACCACUCGAUGCUCCACAACCAGCCAUCGAGUCAGCCUCAACGUCCAGCUCAGCAGAGGCAACAGACCAACUCAACCCAGCAAAAGGCCGUUCCGGUGGUGACCUACACCCACGAAAACGACAUCCCCAUGGUGGUGACUGGUGACCAAGGCCAGUCAACGUCGUCGGAAUGA